AUGUCGAGGGACGAUGAACGGAGACGAAAUAAGGCAGCCGUCGACAAUGUCGACCAAGGCUACGCCAGUCAUUACGAGACCGACUCCAUCCCCCCUUCCAACGGGCGACGGUCUCGCACAAAGCUACUGAAGAAGAAGAAAUCAUUUGGCACGGGGUACGAAACUGAUGAUGGGAUUUUUCGGCUGGGCACGAGGUCUAAGACCAAUCUCCACGAGCCGUCUCCACCACCUCUUCCUGAGCCGCUACCUGUUUUCCGUCUUCCUAUUGCUGCUCGUUUUGCUACUACGCUUGGAGAUCUUAAUGCUGGUGCAAACAUAGACCCACCGUUGCCCCCACCCGUACUACCAUAUGCCUCCAAUGAUACCUCUACAAUUUCUUCGACGCCAUCACCUUCCAUCGCUACGUUCAACGGGUACAGAGAAUUUGACAGGGACUCCAUCGAUGGUCCGGAGUCUACUGCUGACCACGUGGUAGCUCCGAGCGUUUCCCAUAGCACAACCUCUCACAAAUCCACGAGACGGGUCGGCGUUAAUUUCGCGAGCAGUGACAGCAGUGAUCACCAUGGAAGCUCAAGUACUAGCCAUUCCAUCUUUUCCAAGCUCACUGCAUCCUCCUCCGCCUCUUCCACGUCUCAGAAUAAGUAUCCUCCUAUUUCGUACCCACUUACUCGUUCUCCAUCUCCGCCGUCACCUACGCUUAUUCAAAGACACCAGUCUGGUAACAAGCAUAUUCCCGAGCCUCUCUAUCCCGAGAACGUUGGGCGCGGCGCGUCUAAGUCGCCGGAUAUUUCCCCGGUAUCUGCGGGAGGUUGGUCGCCAUACGUUACCAUCCCGACACCUGUCCCCGUCGCUGAACCUUUACCUGCUCCUUCCCCGAGCAAACCGCGUCCUUACUUUUUGUCACGACGCGUAAAUUCUCCUGUACCGGGAACUGGGCCAACGUCAACGCCCAAAUACUCGGUUUCAGAUUCAGGCCACCUGACUGUUAAUGAAGAAUCCAGACCACCAAGUAGUCGCUCUGGUGCUUCCGGAGAGGUGGUACCAUCCAUGCAUUACAUUGUUCCAUCUCCACGAUCACGGUCCCCCCUCCCGUUACCACUGCAGCCCCCGCCGACUCACCUACUAUCUCAUCACGAACUUCCGCCGCCUAGCCCUCCCCCAACGGUUCCCUUGCCGAGAGUCCCUAGGGACCAAGACCAGGGUUAUUUCGCCGUGCAACAGCGUCAGAACAGCCAGUAUGUUGUUUCACCUCCGUCCGUCCCGAAGAGAGGGAAAGAGGCACCGUUCCCUUCGCGCCCUAUCAACACCUCGGCCAACCAACCAGGGCUUGAAGCACGUGUCAAGGUGCGGCGGUACAGAGAUUUGUACGCGCUACCUAACAGUAACGGAUGGCGCGAGGAACAGCCCGCCGACGAUGAUACAGACCCUAUGUAUGAUGUAAUUGCUCGGUUUAAGCGGACAUCGGAUCAUUCGAGUUCUGGGGAAGACAUACGCGUUGCUCUCGACCGUAAUCAGUCCCCGGAAGCUAUGCACAGGAAUAAUCAAAUUGAUGAUUAUGAUUCGGACGACUACUCGCGGUAUCAAGAGGAGGACAGGAGUGUGGGACGGUCAGCAAUGUACCAGUUGGACCGUGGAGCGUCGUCGAUGGGGAGACUCAGCACAUGGAGUGGGGACAGUCGAGCCAGCCUCAUGGAUCUCGAGAAGAGCGAAGCGGCGAGACAGAGGUUCGUCAAGAGAAUUGAGGCCAUGUUUGAUCAGAACGGGAGGGAGUUGCCUGGGUCUGAGAUUCCUCCUGUCCCGAGACUGCCAGAGGGGCUGCCGCGUAGACGCAUGCCGUUGCGGUUUUGA